AGAAGAUGGAUCAAGUCAACAUUAAUUUAUAUGUGCCCUCAUCUGUGCCCAAGUGUUUGGAAUCCUCUCUCGAGUUUGUAAUCCUUAAAUUCCCAGUCUCGAUAAAUGUUGCAGAAAUGAAGCUAGUAAGGUACUUCUUAGAGAAUUCGGCUGUCCUUAAGAGACUCACUCUACAUUUGGAUUCUAAUUCAACAGAAGAUGAAGUCUUGAAGAAACUAUUGGAAGUCCCAAGAGCCUCUACCAAAUGUAAGGUUGUCAUUGUACAAAAAUAGAAGGAAACAUGUGUGAGAUUGUAUGUAUUUGACAGGUUAUUAUAUCGGUUGAUGUCUGUAGGCGUAGGCUUGCCUUUCAUAUGUUCCCUUAUCAUUUGGGUCUUGUGAGUACAAAGGAAUGAAACAACUGCUUUUUUUAUUUUGGUAAUUUUUGUGUA